ACGAGCCAAAUUCAAUUCUAAAAGAGCUCAUCUCGUGUAUGUAUCUAGAGGAAUUGAGUAAUAGUUAAAAAAGUUUGAAAAAUGAUAAAAGUGAAAAGUAGAGGUAAAUAGCACGAAAAGAAACAAAAGAGAAAAGAAAAUUGGGUAAUCCAAUGGGAAAAAAGGGCAAAGAAAGCAAAAACACAAACAAUAAUAAAUGAUGAUGACCAAUCUGUGAUUGACGCAUUUCCAUCCCUUCAAACAAACUUCCCUUAUUAGCUCACUAUAACUAAAUUAUGCACAGUAAACCAUCCAGGUGAAGAAUAAUCAAUCAUGGGGUCAAAGCUGGAUUUGGUGGCGACGUUGCUCUUACUACUUGCCGUCAGUGCCGCUGCUGAUUACGUCAGGCCGCCGCCUCGCAAAACCCUUCAUUUUCCAUGGUCCCCGAAGCCUUCUUCCUAUCCCGAGCAGGUUCACAUAUCCUUGGCUGGAGCUAAACACAUGCGAAUAACAUGGGUUACUAGCGAUAAACAUGCCCCCACCAUUGUUGAGUACGGAACUUCUCCCAAGAACUACAGAUGGACGGCUCAAGGACAGUAUACGAGCUAUAGUUAUCUCCUCUACAGUUCUGGAAAAAUUCAUCACACUGUGAUUGGCCCUCUCGAGGACAACACCUUGUAUUUUUAUAGAUGUGGUGGAGAAGGUCCCGAGUUCCAGCUCAAAACCCCGCCUGCUGAAUUCCCGGUUACAUUUGCUGUGGCUGGCGAUUUAGGCCAGACUGAAUGGACCAAGUCAACUCUGGACCAUAUCCAACAGUGCAAAUAUGAUAUUCCAAAGGACUUAACGAUAGACAAUCGAAAAAUGGCCCACCAAUUAUUGAGCCUCGGAGUCGGCUCCCAAAAACCAUCGUUGGCCAAGAUACUCCAAACAUCGGGUUUCAACGACAGCAUCCCCGUCAAAGGCUCAAUUUCUGCGACGUCCCACGCGGGAUCGAUAUUGCCGCAAAAAUAUGUCUCCGUCACCGGAAGCUCCUCAUCGAAAAUAGGAGGACCGUCGUACAAUAGCCCGUCAUCUUCCUAAAAAAUUGCACUCUGUUGCUGCACAUCUUGGUUGUCGUGUGCAGCAACGAACUUAGUCUCGACGGGCGGAGGCGGCCACUCUCCGAAGGGAUCCACCUCCGACAUGGUCUCCUCGCCGACGGGGCGCCCCGCCUGGAACACGACCUCCACUUCCUCCGUGAACUCCCCUGCGCACACCCAUGUCGCCGGCGGCAAGGUUCAUCUGCAAAUCCUAGAUC